CUCUCCCAAGGUCACACAGCGAAAGUGACUUUCACUGCAGGCGCGUCUGCCUCCUGGCAGCCUAGAUGGGUCUGGAACAAUCUCGAGCUUCCCUCCCUCAUCCCCGCACCCUCUCCCCCCAGAACACCGAGGGGCUGGCCCUGGGGUCCUCUGCUAGAAGGUGCCCCCUGCGACUCCCCAAGUUUACAAGUGCUGUGUUUUGCCCUGACGCGCUCGCUGCUGCUGACGUGCCUGGUGCCGGCGGGGCUGCUCGGCCUGCGCUACUACUACAGCCGGAAGGUGGUCCUCGCCUACCUGGACUGUGCCUUGCACACGGACAUGGCUGACAUCGAGCAGUACUACAUGAAGCCCCCUGGCUCCUGCUUCUGGGUGGCCGUGCUGGAUGGCAACGUGGUGGGCAUCGUGGCGGCGCGGGCCCACGAGGCAGACAACACGGUGGAGCUGCUGCGCAUGUCCGUGGACUCGCGUUUCCGUGGCAAGGGCAUCGCCAAGGCGCUGGGCCGCAAGGUGCUGGAGUUCGCUCUGGUGCACAACUACUCGGCGGUGGUGCUGGGCACGACGGCCGUCAAGGUGGCCGCACACAAGCUGUACGAGUCGCUGGGCUUCAGACACGUGGGCUCGAGUGACCACUACGUGCUGCCCGGCAUGACCCUGUCACUGGCCGAGCGCCUCUUCUUCCAGGUCCGCUACCACCGCUACCGCCUGCAG